ACUGAAGUAUAAAAGGGCUAUCUAAUGGGUUUAAAGACACCAGCCUUAAAGUCUGUAAUUUAAUGCAAAGUUUCCAAUUCUCUUCAAGGAUUUGAACACCUAUUCUGAAACGUUAAGUUGUUGUUGGUGUCAUUAAAAUGAUUGUGGCUGCAGCGAACAGUACCACUGGACGGAUUGUCUUCGACGAAAUGAAAGGAUUACAGCAAAAUACGGCAAUCAGGACACGAAAUAAGAAAAGUUUGUAUGAGUUUUGCCAUUUAAAAAAAAAUGGAAUCUUAAUAAUAACUUUUAUAAAUGUUUUGUUGUGAAAGUGCGGUUAAAUUAAUUAAUCACCUUAAGUAUAUUUAGGAAGACUUUACAAAGUAGAUUAUUAUAAUGGCUAAUGUAACUUAAAGUGAAGCACUAACAGUCCAUCAAUAAAAGCUUUUAUGGAUAAUGCUGUAAAGUUUUAACAAAUAUGUAUGUAAACAAAAUUUCAAAAUCAGUUCUAACAUAUAUAUAUAUAUAUAUAUAUACACAUAUAUAUUAUAUAAUACCAAAAAAAAUGAAAAUACAACGUGAUCAGAUUAUGGUAGUAGCCAUUGACGUUUCUACAAGCAGCAAUCAGAUGAUGGUAGUAGCCAUUGACGUUUCUACAAGCAGCAAUCAGAUUAUGGUAGUAGCCAUUGACGUUUCUACAAGCAGCAAUCAGAUUAUGGUAGUAGCCAUUGACGUUUCUACAAGCAGCAAUCAGAUUAUGGUAGUAGCCAUUGACGUUUCUACAAGCAGCAAUCAGAUGAUGGUAGUAGCGAUUGACGUUUCUACAAGCAGCAAUCAUUUUAAAUUAAUUUUAUGUUUCCUAUGGGUGGCCGUAUCAUACAAUGUUUGAUUGACAAAAUCUUCCUAACUAUUUUGGAUAGGACAUGUUGGCUUUAGGGUAGCGCCACCAAUGUUUUUCUAUCAGCUAGUUCUAUUUAAUUAUUAAGUUUAAUCUGAUUAUCUUUUAUGUUUCUUACUAUAUCACACACGGUCAUUAAUGAUGAUUCCAAUUAUGCUUCAUUUACAAUAAUUGUCGAAGCCUUUCCAUUGUGUUAAUGAAGAUCACUUUAAACAAUCUAUUGAACUCUGUAGGUGGCCAUCAAUGCAUUUAAACUUUUUUUUUUUUUUUUUUUUUUUUUUUAUUAUUUAUAUUUUUUUUUUUUUUUUUUUUUUUUUUUUUUAGCAAAAACUAAUAUAUUAGUGAAAUCGACGCCUCUGAUAAGUAACAAUAUAUCGGACAAUGCAUUGUGUCUACUCUAAGCUCUGAUCAGUAACAUUAUACUGGACGACUUAUUCUCUCCUCUACUUAGCUAUCUGCUAUUGUCAAUUGAUCUCUGCUUAAAGAGUACAAAUUGAUAAUAAAUUGUGAAUGUUUAAAAUCCAAUUGAUUAAAAAUCAUUUAAAUCUAUUCCAUAAGUGUGGGAAAACCUAACAUAAUAAUAUUACAAAUAUUUUUUUUUUGUAUUUUUAAGUACACGAACCUAAAGUUUUUAAAAUAAGUUUAAAAUGAAUAAAAAAUCAUUGAAUUGACUAUCAUUUUGUUACGUGACUAGUAUGUUGAUUAAUGAAGUGUUACAUGCCUUAGUAUAACUCUUAGUGACAAUUCUGUUGGUUAUUGAAGUGUUACAUGCCUUAGUAUAACUCUUAGUGACAAUUAUGUUGGUUAAUGAAGUGUUACAUGCCUUAGUAUAACUCUUAGUGACAAUUAUGUUGGUUAUUGAAGUGUUACAUGCCUUAGUAUAACUCUUAGUGACAAUUAUGUUGGUUAAUGAAGUGUUACAUGCCUUAGUAUAACUCUUAGUGACAAUUAUGUUGGUUAAUGAAGUGUUACAUGCCUUAGUAUAACUCUUAGUGACAAUUCUGUUGGUUAAUGAAGUGUUACAUGCCUUAGUAUAACUCUUAGUGACAAUUAUGUUGGUUAAUGAAGUGUUACAUGCCUUAGUAUAACUCUUAGUGACAAUUAUGUUGGUUAUUGAAGUGUUACAUGCCUUAGUAUAACUCUUAGUGACAUAAAAAUACACGUAUUUGUUGAGUCAGACCGUAAAUCCCCGAGCCACCAAAUAAUUAAUUUUUUAUUUUUUUUUACUGUUCAAACAUUAGAGAGUUUUAUAUAGAAUGAAUAUUGGAGACUUUUCUAUAUAUUCUACUUUAAAAAAGUUAUGGAAACAUGCAUCAACAGAGAGAUUGCAAUAAGACAUAUUGGUCUUCUUUAUUUCUUGUUACAUUAUGAUGAUUUGUAAAGAAAAUAAAAAACCUUAUGUAUUGAUACAGACUCAGGACAGCGGAUACAUCCAGAGGUACACUUUGAGGGAGCUUCCCCGCAGGAAUUCUACUGCAAAAAUAAAACCAAAUAUGUCUCAUUCCCAUCUAUAAAACUUGAGUGUCUUCCGUGCGAACUGCGCCACGAAUCCGUGCUACGGUUCCUGAGUCUACUAGGGACACUAACGUGUUCUGUCGAGGUUAGGAAAAGUCGCAAAGGAACGGGUUCACUGAUACCAAGAAGCCUCGGUCAAAUACGACGCAACGCAGCUUUUGAUAAAUUAACCAAUGGAAGCUGCGAGAGAGGUAGAGCGGAUGAGUACCUUGAUAUAUACAUUAUAACAUCGCGUGAAAUUAUAAGCAAUGAGGAAGACGCUGCCAGCUCAACAGUUUAUUUAUAUUACUUCAAUAAGGACUGUACAGGGAGGGAGCAAGUUCGAGGAAGCUCGGUGGUAUUCAGUCCUAUCCCAGGUGACGGUACAGUUACCCUAGUGUGUCAAGCUCCCAGUUCUCUUGCCAGCCAAAUACAGAAAAAAUCUAAAGAGUUUUUGACAUCACUUGAAGAUAUACCGUUGAACAUUCAGAAAUAUUUGGUCAACAUAGGUUUCAUGGUAAGCCAUCCCCAUGGUCAGGAGCAACACAUUUCUUACGGCGAAUACAAGCUUUCGAAGUUCUAUUCAGUAGGUUCAAGCGAUUGUGGAAGCACAUCUUCGCACUCCAGUGCUUCUUUUAAAAGUAAGUAUCACUAGUCGCCAAAGUUAAGCGUACUUAAAAUAAAAUAUAUGUCUUGUUUUAACUUUGACCCAGGGCUUUUGAGAAACAAUUAAUUACAUUGCGGUAUAAAAGCAAAACAGAUCCCUUUCUCUGAAGCAAAGUGUAUGAGUUGAACUCCAUUGUCGUUGGGUUCUUCAUGCAGACUUUCCUUGUCAAUAGUUUGCCUGAACGGCUUCUCGUUUCCUAUUUGUCAUUAAAGUCACCAAUCAAUAUUUUAAUAUCAUGUCGUAGCGCCUCUUCGUAGAUCUUUUUCAGUGUCUCAUGAAAGGAUUCAUUAACUUAUCUUUCCUAUCUUCGGUGGCUGCAUGUACAUUUGUAAAUGUUACAUUGAACAUUUUUUCCUCGCACACGCAAAGAACACAGUCUUUAAUUUAAUUUUCUUUUUUGAAGCCUAUGGCUGCACUGACUGCGUCUUUUUUUUUUACAGCAAAAUCCUUUUCCUAGGGCGUUAGUGUUGUUACCACUAAAAAUAUGGUGUAUUCUUUUUUUUUUUUUGAGGAUGUCUCACUUUUUCCAAUGGAUUUCUUGCAAUGCAGCAAUAGAUAGUCUCAUAGUUCUAUGAGAUAGAUGCGAGCCUUUUUACCCAACCGAAUUUGAUUAAAAACAGGGCUCGGACUAGGAAAACAUCCUUUGGGUAAAAGGGCUAAUAUUUUUCUUGCUAGCUAGGUCUAAAUGAAGUAAAAUUGCUGGAGGUAAAAUCCUUUUUUUCCCUUUAAAAAUCCUUUGCAUCUAACAACAAUGCCAUCAACUAAUUUGAAUCUUAGUCCUUCAAAAUAGAUUUUAAAAUAUAUUUUAUACAUUUUUAUUUUUAAAUAAUUGCCAUAGCUAAAUAGACCAAUUUUAUGGGUUCACCAACGAUCGAUCUAAAUUUAGGCGUGUAAGACAUAAGUAUAGGUCAACCGUUAUUCUGCAAGAAUUACCCAAUUCUCCAAAAAAAAAUACAUCUGGUCCAGAAAAUCCACCGAAUGCUUGGUCCUGGAGCGUCAAGCACGCUCUACUUCAUUACGCUCAUUAAUACCAUUAACGUAUGCCUAAUUAUUAAUGUGUCGUUUUAUAAACAUAUGUACUGCCACAUUGUGAUUUAUCAUCUAAUCGAAUAGACCAGACGAACGCAUCACUGAAGGCGAUAGUUUAUUCCUUCCCAUCAUGCGGUGGUUCGAUUGGAGCACCGAUAAUAACAUUCAAAGUCUGCAAGGAUCGCUGCCAGCCGGAAAUGUGGUUACACAAAGGCACGAAUAGAAAAACUGGCGAAAAUGUAUCUGAAUUUAAAGGUAAAUUUUGCUACUGUACUAUCAUUAUUAUUGCAUCUAAAAACAUAUACACUCGAUUCUAUUUUGUAACAUCUGAUUUUGAUACAAGAUCUUUUCGUUUCUUUCAAGCAAGAAUUCACUAUUUUAAAAAAAGGUAACAAUUAUUUCACAACGAUAUAUUUUUUUAAUUACUUCAAAAAAUAUCUACAACAUUUUGUUUACAAUGGAUCUUUCUACGUAUCGUUCUAGUAAGCUCAGAAAACGAUGACGCCAAUCCAGAAGCACACAGUGAACUAAAAUCUGCCAUCAGACAUUCACCUUCGAGCCAUCGUCCUGAGCGUUCACAAACCCCAGGAUGUUGGACAGUUUCAAACAGAUCUGUCCUCUCAAUCUUAAACAUAAUAAUCUCAUCAGAUCUGAAGUCCAAGCGGGCGAGAAGAGGACUUAAGCAAAGUAGAUAUGAACAAGAGCUGUCUGCUACACACAGAAACUUUCAACCCAAACUCUUGCGACAGAAAUAUACCCACAGUCAACCACGACGUCAUCAAACAAACAGAGUAUUACAUCAGCCCAAAUAACAACUUAAGGAUGUCACAUUUUUAAUUUUUUUCGUUUACUACAAGCUAAAAAUGUGAUUUGUAAAAUAAGAUGUGUACAAUUUCGCUAAGGUAACAAUUAACAUUAUUUUUCGUAAGGUUUUUGACAAAGUUGGCAUUAAAUAAAACAAAAAAACGGGAGAUUGAAAUUAAAUAAACAUUUAAUAUAUUCGCAAGUUUUUUAAAACAGUUCUAAAUCAAAACAUGAUCAACAUUAAUUAAUGAUUAUUUUUCAAAUAUAAAAUAUUUAGGAAACAAAAACAAAAAUAACAAAGUUAAUUAUUUAAUCACAUUUACAAGUUAUUUCAAGAUGAACAAUGGUAUAUUUUUUUUUAAAUGUAGAGUCUAUGUUGUGUUCCUUGAAUCAUCACAUAACACACAUGAAGGCCAUUGGCUAUUUUUAUAGCUGUCCAUAAAUCAUGUUCACCUACACAUCUAGCUAGUCCCUUGAAUACAUGGCCUUUGCCAUGUUCUUUACAAGUCAAUGUUUAGCUGAACAAAUCUCUUUUCACAGGCAUAUCAAGGGAUUUAACUCGGCUCUCCGCAGAUCAACUAAUACACAGUUAUAUUUUCA